UUUCUGCCGGAAGAACAGUUGGCUGCUGGGUUGGGGGGCGCGGUGGAUAUUGACCUUUGCCCCUGCUUCGUCGUCGGGGCACAGCGCAUCUCCCGCAGCCUGCUUCCUCCCACAGACUGGUUUCCGGCCUCCAAGCCUCCGGCGAGAUGUUACUGUGGGUGCUGCUGCUCCCCGUGUGCUGGGCCGUGGAGGUCAAGCGGCCCCGGGGCGUCUCCCUCAGCAACCAUCACUUCUACGACGAGUCCAAGCCUUUCACUUGCCUGGAUGGCUCGGCCACCAUUCCUUUUGAUCAGGUCAAUGAUGACUACUGUGACUGCAAAGAUGGCUCGGAUGAGCCGGGCACAGCUGCUUGUCCUAACGGCAGCUUCCACUGCACCAACACUGGUUACAAGUCCCUGUACAUCUCCUCCAGAUGGGUCAAUGAUGGAGUGUGUGACUGCUGCGAUGGGACAGACGAGUACAAUAGUGGGAUCAUCUGUGAGAACACUUGCAAAGAAAAGGGCCGCAAAGAGAGAGAGACGUUGCAGCAGAUGGCAGAGGUUACCCGCGAGGGGUUCCGCCUGAAGAAGAUCCUUAUUGAAGACUGGAAGAAGGCCCGGGAAGAGAAGCAGCAAAAGCUCACUGAGCUACAGACCGGAAAGAAGUCCCUGGAGGACCAGGUGGAGAUGCUGCGGAUGGUCAAGGAAGAGGCUGAGAAGCCAGAGAAGGAGGCCAAAGACCAGCACCAGAAGUUAUGGGAAGAGCAGCAGGCUGCCUCUAAGGCCAAGCGGGAGCAGGAGCUGGCAGCUAACGCCUUCCAGGAGCUGGACGACAACAUGGACGGGAUGGUCUCGGUGGCCGAGCUGCAGACUCACCCGGAGCUAGACACAGAUGGGGAUGGAGCGCUAUCAGAAGGGGAAGCCCAGACCCUGCUCGGGGGAGACACACAGACGGAUCCUACUGCCUUCCACAACCGCUUCUGGGUUGCCAUCAGGGACAAGUACCGGUUUGAGGUUCUGCCCACCAACCCACCAGCACCUUCCGCGCCUGAACUGAUGGAGCCCAAGGAGGAGCAGCCCCCAGUGCCCUCACAGCCCACAGAGGAGGAGGAGGAGGAGGAGGAGGAAGAAGAAGAAGAAGGGGAGACGGAGGAGGAGGAGGAGGAGGAGGAGGAUUUACAGGUGCAGGGGGAGCAGCCCAAGGAGGCCCCGCCCCCACUCACCCCUCCUCAGCCAGCCAGCCCCACUGAGGACAAAAUGCCACCAUAUGAUGAGCAGACACAGGCCUUCAUUGAUGCCGCCCAGGAGGCCCGAAACAAGUUUGAGGAGGCUGAGCGGUCCUUGAGGGACAUGGAGGAGUCCAUCAGGAACCUGGAGCAGGAGAUUUCCUUUGAUUUCGGCCCCAGCGGGGAGUUUGCCUACCUGUACAGCCAGUGCUAUGAACUCUCCACCAAUGAGUACAUCUACCGGCUCUGCCCCUUCAAGCUUGUCUCACAGAAACCCAAGCUCGGCGGUUCCCCCACCAACCUCGGCACCUGGGGCUCGUGGGCUGGCCCUGAACAUGACAAGUUCAGCGCCAUGAAGUACGAGCAGGGCACUGGCUGCUGGCAGGGCCCCAACCGCUCCACCACUGUGCGCCUACUGUGUGGGAAGGAGACCGUGGUGACCAGCACCACGGAGCCCAGUCGCUGUGAAUACCUCAUGGAGCUGAUGACACCUGCUGCCUGCCAAGAGCCACCCCCAGAAACACCUGCAGACAGUGACCACGAUGAGCUCUAGCCCCAACCAGAAGAGGACCUCAAGGCAUGGAACCAGCCUCCACUGGUGCCAUCUGCCUGCCCCAGUCUGUAGACAAAGGUCUGCCCCUCUGACUCUCCUUGCCCUCCCCACAGGCAGGAACUCUGAGGGGCCCCCUGCCCUGCUCUUGGGAGGCCGGGUUGGGCAGAGCCAUUUUCCCAGGCCUCAGUAGCCCCCAAAGAUGGACUGAGGGAGUGCAUCCUCCUCGGGCCCCAGCCUGCCCUCUGCCCAGGGCAUCUGCCUCCCUGCUGGUGGGGAUGGUGAACUGACUGUGACCGUGAAACAAUAAAUGAC